UGGGAGGGGAAAGUAAAAGAUGACCGAUAUGCCGCGUCCCUCCUCUGUUGGCUGCAUCAUUUAACUAGGAUGCAAGCUGCUUUCCGUCGACGAGGACGGGGAAAGCGCACAAAGUUCAUGUGAGGCAGCUAACACUAAGGAAAGCAGAGUUUUGAUCACUUUUCUUAAGAAGCGUGUUUAAAGAGACAGUACCGGGGCUUUUGAAAAGCAUCAUGGCGGACUCCAGCGCCAAUGGCCUUACAUCUCUUGCCCGGGCUUUAUCACAACCAACUUUGGAUCUGAUAGAAGUCAAUGAUGUUUCCCCUACACGAAAUCUCCAGCUGCAUCCAGGCCGAAGGAGAAGGCUGUCAAGCUGCAACUCGAUUGAAAACGGCGACCUGGUUACUUCACCUUGUGGUGCUGAGGCGCGAGUCCUUGUUAUCAAUACCGGAGGAACCAUCGGCAUGACGCUUCAUGAUGACGUUCUUGCCCCAAAAGCCAAUGCUUUUGUGAAGAGCCUGCGUAAGCUGCCCAUUCUCCAUGAUGAGAUGUACGCUCAGCAGACCCGCAUGUAUGAGUACUAUGGAUCUGAGAACAUCUUGGUCCUGCCGAAGCCAGCGCCCCAUCCUGACCUGCACUUUCACGGACUAAGUAAACAAAAUAAAAGGAUAGUCUAUACUAUCUUAGAGUACAACCCUUUACUGGACUCUUCCAAUAUGACCACAGAUGACUGGGGUAGGAUUGGAAAGGACAUUGAGAAAAACUAUGAAAGCUACGACGGUUUUGUGAUUCUUCAUGGCACAGACACUAUGGCGUACACAGCCUCUGCUUUGUCCUUUAUGUGUGAGCAUCUGGGCAAACCAAUUAUUCUCACCGGCUCCCAGGUGCCUAUCUAUGAGAUGAGGAAUGAUGGCAGAGACAAUCUGCUUGGGGCAUUGCUAAUUGCUGGACAAUUUGUCAUUCCUGAGGUGUGCCUGUAUUUCUACAACAAACUCUACAGAGGGAAUCGUGUGACCAAAGUGGAUGCUGGGAGUUUCAAUGCAUUUUCUUCUCCUAACUUGCCCCCGUUGGCCUCUGCUGAAGUGGAUAUUACAAUCAACUGGGAUACAGUGUGGAGGGCAAACACCACAUCAAAGUUUCAAGUCAAGACUGAGCUGAACCGCAACGUGGGCCUCCUUAGGCUGUUCCCAGGAAUCACUUCUUCGACUGUAAAGGCUUUCCUGCAGCCACCCAUGGAAGGGGUGGUCCUGGAAACCUAUGGCAGUGGAAAUGCCCCUGAUAACCGUCCUGACCUGCUAGAACAGUUAAAAAAAGCCACAGAUGCUGGUGUCAUCAUCAUCAACUGCACACAGUGUCUGAGGGGGUCAGUGUCUACAUCCUACGCCACAGGCAAGGUCUUGCUGGAAGCCGGACUGAUAGCUGGCGGUGACAUGACUCCAGAGGCUGCUCUGUCAAAACUAUCCUACGUAUUGGCCAAGAAGGAGCUCGAUCUGGAGGCUAAGAAAAAGAUGAUGGCACAGAACCUGCGAGGUGAAAUGAUUGCUGACUUGGCAGGAGCCAAACUGUGCCUGAGUGACAGCCGUUUCAUCCAGGUCAUUGCUAAGUCUCUAAGCGUCAGCUGCAAAGAGGAGCUGGAAGCCAUCCGAAAUGCUCUGACUCCCACGCUGGCAUGUGCUGCUGCUAAGAUUGGUGACAUUGAGGCCCUAGAAGCCCUAAAAGAAAUGGGCAGUAAUUUAUGUCUGGAUGACUACGAUGGACGUACACCCCUUCAUAUUGCUGCCUGUGAGGGUCACCUCAAACUGGUGCAGUACCUACUGAGUCAUGGAGCUUCAGUCCAUGCUAAAGAUCGCUAUGGAGACACACCCCUAUGCAAUGCUGUGCGCUUCAGACAUAAGGAAGUUGUGAAGCUGCUGAGAAAGACCGGAGCCCACUUCUCCAGGCAUGAGUUGGAGGAAGCAGGAACCGAAAUGUGCAGCCUGGCAGUCAGUGGUGACCUGGAAGGUCUGGAAAUUUGGAGCCUUGCUGGAGCAGACUUGAAUCAACCAGGCUAUGAUGGGCAGACAGCAAUUCAACUGGCCCAAGCUAUCGGCAAAAAGGAAGUGGUAGCAUUUUUGCUCCGACUCAUGAGCAAAAAAUCUAAGAAUGUAUUUGCUGAGUUUAAUGAUGAUGAUCUUGAUGAGAGCGGAGUAAUCCAAUUCAAGGCCGCACCGUCGGCACAGUGAGUCGGCGCUACCUGAACCGACAGGAAUCGCUCUCCACUGGCAUCCAGUUCCCGCCGAGCCAUCCUCUGCACACCGUCUGGUUGCUCUUUUCUUGAAUGUCAACUGAUUACAAGUAUUCUUCAAAGCCAUUGCUGCUGCAGUCUUCCCCUCCAAAAACAUUAAUUGCACAAGGUAUUGUGUAACCACUGAGGUGCACGGUGUGCAGAAAAGACAAGAGUAGAUGGUUGCAUAUGAGAAAUUGUUAGAGUUGUCCGUGUACAGGGAAACAUGUUACAGCGCUGCAUGUUAUAAUCAAAUAUUUUAUUGCUGUGUUUGAAGGAGAAACUUGGUUAAUGUGGUGCCCAGUCAGAGGAUUAAGGGUGAAGGGUGAAAUUCACUGGAGUUGUUUAAAAAAAAAAAAAAAACUGUAACAUUACUUUAUAAAGUAGUAUUUUCUUCUUGUGUAGGAAUAUAUUCAUGAUAUCUGGAAGUACAGGGUACAUUCACAGAUUUUUAAUUUUUUUUAUUUUGAGAUGCUGCAGAGUAUCAUAUACAUGAAUAGGGAUGUGUUUUUAUUAUGUUAUUUUAUCCAACUGUAGCACCUAGUAGUACAUUUCAACCAAAGUAUACCUUUGGUCCAAGAGCAGACCAUUUACUUCUGCUCCAACAGGUAUUUCAAAAUACUGCAGUUACCUUUGAGCCUCAGCUAGUGUGUUUCUUGUUCUGACUGUUGAGCUGGAACUGUCACAUAUCUCUGUCUUUAAAAUGGAAAGGGGAAAUCCAGAGUAUUGUGUGAGACAGACAAAUGCUUCAAACUGCCACAGUUUCUGUUUUCUUUUAUGCAUUUUAAAUGUCUUUUCAUAUUCUUUGCACUUGUGAGCACAAACGAAUGACAUGCAGUUCUUUCUUUACUUUGAUUAAAGCAAUAAGUAAGUGUUAAACACUGCUGUUCCUGUUUGACAUUACCUUUCUUUUUGAAAAGCAGUCCAGGUUUUAGUCGUUCACAUGUAAGUGUUUUGUGAUAACACAUGAGUGUAUAUACAUCUUAAUAAUUAUUUGAAAUGUUUUCUGUUGUUUCCACUGCUGUUGUGUUCCAAAAACUCUGAGAAAUUUAGUUUCUUCUGUGGAAAAAGAAAUAAAUUUCUUCUUUCA